UGCUCGCUGAUUGGCUCCGUCAAAUCGAAAAAGUUCCGCCAAACUUCGACUUCGGACAGGAACUCAUUCUCCGCAGGAUAUCAAAUUAGGUUGUACACGCCCAUUGAUAUAAGGGGCAGAGUUUAACUAGCUGGGCAAUUUUCAGGCGCCUGGUUCUGAACUUCAUCCGCCAUUUUCCGGCCAAUAAUGGCGCAACUACGCCCCUCUCCUAGCUGCACCCGCUCCCCGGUUGUAAUACUUCUCAGAUCGCAGUCUACCAAUGCGGGACUCAUGUCGUUACGGACAAGACGCCCUGGCGUCGCAGCAGCGCCUCUUCUCCAGAAACGAAAUGUAACAAUGCAACAUCUCCGGCGAAUGAGGGAGGGGGAAGAAGUCUGGAAAAACUUUGCGGAGGAGAUCAAGGCUGGGAAGAGGAAAAGCUUUUUGGAGCUUAUGGAAGAGCGCGGUUUGGUUAACCAGGUUAUCGGUGAUCGCGAUGCGUUGAAUAAGAUGUGGACGGAAAGACGAGUAGGUGUAUACGCUGGUGUUGAUCCUACGGCUCCGUCUCUACAUGUUGGACACAUGCUACCUUUCAUGGUCCUAGCAUGGGCUUAUGUCCAUGGCAUCAGGACAGUUUUUCUGCUAGGUGGAUCUACAGGUCAAGUUGGCGACCCUACCGACCGAUUAGCCCCUCGAGCUAAAAUGGCCGCCGUUACGCGCAAAGAGAACAUGGCGAACAUGCACCUCCAGCUUAAGAAACUUGGGAUGUCCAUUGAGAGAUAUGCAGCCAAACAUGGAUACGAAUCUGAAUGGAUAUGGAGACGAGCAAUCGUAAAUAACAAUUCGUGGUGGCUCAAGGAACCGUUCUUCGAGGUCAUGAAGACAAUGGGAGAAGCUGUGCGAUUAGGACCGAUGCUUGGGCGUGAUACCGUGAAAAAUCGAUUACAGAGUGGUAAAGGCAUGGCGCUUUCGGAAUUCGUUUAUCCACUUCUGCAAGCAUGGGAUUGGUGGCAGCUCAUCCAACAACAGAAUAUCCUGGUACAGGUUGGCGGGUCCGACCAAGCUGGAAAUAUUCAAUUCGGGAUGGAUGCUACGAAACCCCUUAUGAAAGCGAACGAUGAAUACUGGCGAAAGCAUGCCCCACGGGAUGAAGACCGCAAAUUAUUGGAGCCCAUGGGUUUCACCACCCCCCUUCUUACGACUGCCUCCGGUCAGAAAUUUGGAAAGUCAGCCGGGAAUGCGGUCUGGCUUGAUCAAGACAUGACCUCGAGCUUUGAUCUCUAUCAGUUCUUCUUGCGAGUCACUGAUGAGAAUGUUGAGCAAUAUUUGAAAUACUUUACAUUCCUCCCCAUACCAGCCAUCAAAGAACUCAUGGAGCAACACAUGCAGGAUCCAUCUAAGAGAAUCGCACAGCACAAACUCGCCUCUGAAUUUGUCGAGCUUAUUCGAGGGCCCGCGGAGGCUGCCCAGGCCGAGAAAGAUCAUCGCAGCAUUUUCGGCGGUAAAACUCCAACUAGUGAUGAACUGACGCCCCGUCCAAAACGUGAUAUCAAUCUUUCAGAGACCAGUCCCUUCAAUGCACCAUCUCCUCAUAUUACUCUUCCGCGGUCACUAGUCGUUGGUCAAUUCUUCCACAAGGUUCUAUGGUCAGCAGGCAUGGCACCAUCAAAAGCGGAAGCGUUCCGACUUGUCGUCAACAAUGGUGCGGCAGUCGCAUCGAGAUCCGAUUCAAACGCUAUCAUGGACGAUAAAUUGUCUUAUGUUCCGAUCAAAACUUGGGACAAAGAUAUGACAGAGAAAUUCAUCAUUGAUGAUUCAUUGAUGAUUCUCAAAGUUGGAAAGUGGAAAGUUAAGAUUAUUAAGAUUGUGAGCGACGAAGAAUUUGAAAGACUGGGACUGGACGCUCCGGGAUGGAAGGCAGAGGAAAAUGAAGCUUCUGAGAAAGAAGCAGACAAGUCGAGCACGGGGCCGAAGGGUGCAAGCUGAGAUGCGAUUUUUCUCCUUUACGGUUUUCCAGUUUUCUCUCUUCUGUUGCGUUCAAAGCGGUUUUGCUCUGCUGUAUGUGUAGAUAUACCUGUGCUUUUACGAAUCUUUGUUUUUUACCUAGAGCUGUACAUUAAAUUAGAUGAUCGAUUCCCUUUUUCAUUUGCAUCCCUUUGGCAUGUUUCCGAGCCCGCUGGCAUACCCUGAUUCCAGUUGGAUCUAUACAUAAGCACAUACUUCUGGAUAUAUAUGCAAAAAUGGUAGCAUACAUUACACACAAUCUCAAUCAAUCCUACCUUUACCAAUACAAUUAGCCAACUCGAUAAAUAAAAUCAAGAAACAGUUCUCAAAUUCUCCUA